AGUGGCAACAGACUCCAAACAAACUUCAGGAAACUCGGGAAAUCCCUGCGUUAAGGUCUCUGCCUGACCCACUCUCACAUAACCUGACAAGUUAGCUUUCCUGUCUCAGGUGAAAUGAGCUCACCUUUGUCCAUGCUGAAGAAAACCAGGCGGUCUCCACUGCAGGGCUCUCUGGGUGGAAAACCGUAAGCUACACAAUCAAAAAGACAACAAGGUGCUGGAUAGAGUGUGAGGUGAAGUGAACAGAUAACUUAAUUAUCUUUCGUUUACAGGGACGAACAGAAAGUGCCAUUCAGGAGGAACCUGUUGAAAGGUAUGUGUUUUAAUACUUUCUUUUUCAUAAUUGUGGUCAAUGUCAAUGUCAAUGUCAGCUUUAUUUAUAUGGCACAUUUAAAAACAGCCAGUGGCCUACCAAAGCGCUUUACAGUAAAAUGGUGCUCCAGUUUUUCCUCCAGUGAAGGCUGCGGGUGUCUGAACCGGAAGAUCAUGGGACCAAUUAAAAGAAUACAAACAAACUGAAACUAAAGGAAAUAUCUCACAUUGAAAACAGAGGCAUGAAAAGUUUAGUGAUUGAUCUCAUUAAAAGGUCUGUAAAGUGAUGCAGCUAUAAGGCAUUUAGUCCCUACUAAAUAUUUCUAUAUUUUAAUCCACACCAAAUACUUAACUGAUUUAUCAACUUGUAAGGUAAUUCAGUGAUGAUUUAACUUAAGCCUGAGAGAUCUUCCCUUUUAAAUGAAGUGAAAUAAAAUUUCAAGUGUCUUGAUAAGAAGUUACUCUAGUGUAGUACUAUACAAGUUCCUAGACUUUGUUUUUCAGUAAACUGCCUGUGUAAAUGCAGUUGCUAGUUAUUGUUGAAACUUAUUUUGUACUGUAAAUCUAAACCUGCUCCCAGCAGCAUGAAAACCUUAAAUUUCCUUCUGUUAUCAGCAUUUCAUUGUUUGUUUUCAGAGUUACAGGCAGAAUUGGCUGAUGCGAACAAUGAGCCUCCCAAGAACCCUGUUGACAACACUGCCUCCACUUCAAAGUCAAAAACCCAGCUGAAGAAAGGCAUGGUUCACAUUAUUGAGUUAAAUUUUUUGGUUUGAAUUCAGUGAAAAAGAUGCUUUGACCAACUUACCUUUGAACUCAGGUGCUCCACCUAGUGACUUUGAGCUCAUGUCUGCCAUGAUGCAGCGGCUGACCCUACUGGAGAAAACAGUGAAGGUCCAAGCGCAGGAGCUUAAACAGAAGGUGAACACGCAUCGCCUCUAAAUAAAACGCAACAUCUUAGCAUUGACUAUCCCUCAUGGUUAUGACCUUGAAAAUCCUUGUUUUGUCCAAAGAAUAAAAAGAUUUCCUCUUUGGAGGAAAAACUGAAUCUUCUGAAGGACUCAGGUAACCGUUAUAGUUCAAAAGAAACAUUUGUAGAUGAAAGUCACCUGCUUCAUUUGAGCUUCAUCUGAUGUGUUUGCAAGUACAGAGGACACGUGUGAACAAAGAGAUGUUAAAAAGAGGUGCCGGCAACUGCAGCAUCAAGUAUGUGAAAUGGAGGUCAGUGUCAGUGAAUCAGUGACUGAUUUUGUUCUGGUUUAUAGUAUUUGACCUCUCGGUAUUCUGUUACUUUUCUUCCUGCAGAGCUUUCUAAAUGACUACGGUCUGAUCUGGGUGGGAGACGAAAGUGAGACACAUAACUCAGAAAGAGGCCUCUGGCAGCCUGGUAGCUUCUGUCUGUUUGUUUAAAGUUGUUCAUAAAAAAAAAACAUGAACUGCUUCUUAUUCUUGGAUUGAUUCUUAACUUCCUUCUCAAAGCAACCUCCGAGGUCAAGAACUUCCACAUGAACUUUGACCUGGUGCUACAGAGGAUUAGGGAGCUCAACAUCCUCGCAGGAGAGGGCGAGAGUUUUAUUCAGUCGACAUCCACUGGAGCUCAGCUGGCAAAGAAGGAUUCCAUUCAGCUGCGCUUCUACAGCAACGGCAUUGUCAUGUUUGACGGCCCCUUCAGGUCUUACCAGGAGCAAAGCACCCAGGUUAGAUCAACAGAAGUGCGCAGGACAAAAAUGUUACUCUACAAAGUUUCUCCCUUUAAACUUCGGCCUUUAUUUUUGCAGCAGUUCAUACAGGACCUGAUGGACGGGUAUUUUCCAACUGAGCUCCAGGACAGAUUUCCAGAGGGUGUUCCUUUUCAGGUUUGUUUCGGUUCCUCUGUUUGUGUAAAUUCUAAACUCCUCUACUUAUUAUGAUUUUAUUUUUGCAGGUUCAUGACAGGCGAGAUGAGGAGUUUGUUUCCAGAGCAGAGUGGAGUAAAUUUCCUGGAGAAGGACAGGCUGUUCUUGGGACAAAAGAUGAAUCAUCCAAUGUUGUCAGUUUCAACUCACCUGGUCUGUAUCGCAAACAUCACACUGUCAUUACUCAAUAAAAGUAAGGAUGCACUGGUGUUAUCUGAGUGUUGGCUAAUGCAGAGUAAUGAUUGGAUGCCACUCUUAGUUAGCUUUAUGUCCCACUGUUUGGGAAGACUUCUAUGAGAUAACUCUGAGUAGCUCACUCUUUAGCUCCCCUCUGUGCUAUUAUUGGGGAGGAGGGCUUUGAGGACAAACAAUGACACAAAACUGCUCUGUCAUGUUCGGGUUAAAUGGCUGUCAAAUACUAUGUAAUAACAGACUUUAAUCUGCAUACCAUGAGUGUUCAUUUCAGGGGGAAAAUGGCCGCUAUGUCAAUUAUGAAUUAACACCUUCUUCUCUUCUUGUUACAGGAAAGAGGCUGGGCAUGGAUCAGAUUUUGAAGAAGCUACCAAGGGUGGUGGUAAAGGCUGGUCGUGUGAUUGACGUCCGAGACUCACUAAGGACUGUCCUCCAGGUGACAAAUCAUUUAUGAAUCAUGUAUUUUAUCUAUCUGUCCGUGCUCAUGCUGAUUGUAAACUCACUAUGAUAUGCCCAUCAUCCUUAUGUUACUAGGGUCCAUCUAAUACCCAGAGCACAUCAGUGAUCCUUGUAGACACGCAAGCACUACAAGCCAUGAGAGAAGGGUACUAAUACACACUCUUCAAAGCAUGUUCAUCAUUGAUCAUUAUUACCUUGUAGAAUUUAGAUGGGAAUCAAAAUGGUUUGUGUGGUUAGGAAUAAUAAGAACUAGCUACAAUAUAGGGGAGAGUGGAGUAAGUUGAGCCAAAGGGUAAGUUGAGCCACCCCCUGUUGCUUGGAAAUGGUAAAAGAAAUUGAUCAUGUGACCAAAUAUUUAGGAGAUGGGCAUCAAUUCAUGGAGUCUGUGAAGGUUAGAAGCAAAUGGAUGAAGGGGUUAGAUAUUUAUUUAAAAAAAAAAAAAACAUUUCUCACUCUUGAAAGUGAAUUUAGUCUGUCAUAAGUUUUAUUAGAAUUGUGUUCAGACCAAAAAAGAUCAUUUUAAAUUUGUUUUAUACAUCAAUUGUGGGUCAGAUGAGGUCAAAAACCUGGUAUAAAAGUCCACCAUUUUAGCUUAGAGGACUAAUAAAGUCAUCAUAGUAGUUCUGGGGUAAGUUGAGCCAUUGACUCAACUGAGAAAGUAAAGAAGUCUGAUGAGAGGAUCAGAGUUUCAGCUCAGAUUGUUGAAAUGUGUUACUUUUUCUUUUCAAAAAUACAGCUGUGAAUGUUCUGAAUCACCUAAAGACAUUCUCAUGUUGAAAUGUUUGUUUUUUUUACGAAACAGCUUUUUAACAAUAAUAAUAAAAAGAAUUAUUGUACCAGUUGAAUAGUGUAUAAUAGAUAACAACACACAAGGAUGUGAAGAAAUGACCGUUAUUUAGGGAGAGAGAAGGUGAGGGAGGGCUGGGGUGGAGAGUGGGGGGUGGUAGGGAUACGGCUCAACUUACCCCAUACACGGGGUAAGUUGACCAUAGGAGACCACUUUUUUUGGCAUGCUAUAUUAUCAAGACAGUUAUGUUUACACUCAUUCGGUUGGUUUGCAGGGAUGCACAACAUCUUGAAAUAUAUGCAGAUACACUAGUUAAAGACAAAACUAUGAUUGUUGAAUGUAUGAUUGAUGUAGUGAUCCGAAAUUUGAAAAAUGGCCCAUCUUAACCCACUCUCCCCUAAAUGCUGAUCAGUAUGUUUGUUUUGCUGCUGCAGCUGAUUAAAAAAAUAUGAACAGGUGUUACUAUUUGCUGCUAGUCUGUAGAAAUGACAAGUCAAGCUAACAGGACUUGUUAGCUUGCAAUGAAAUCUCAGAUAAGGCCCCAAACUGCCUGAGCUUAUCGUGUCAAGUGCAUCUUGAUCAUAUGCCUUUCAGACUGCAGAUAUUUGGCGAUGACGGACCUUUGUCUGCCCACAACGUUGUCACGGUCAAGGUGAAGUCAGAAGACGGGAGCCACACUUACAUACUGAAAAUGAGCUCCUCAGAGACAAUCGGUGACCUGCGGCAGUACCUGGACAAACACAGGUGAGAGAAAACACAUCCUCCCACAGUGACACAUUAUCAUGCCGUUCAAACGUUGACAGUUUGCUUGUACCUCUCACAUCGUAGGGGGGCUCAUCUUAAUGGAUAUGACAUCAUCAGUGCGUACCCACAGUGCUGCUACAAUGAAGACAGCCACACGCUCCAGUCAUGUGGGCUUACGACUAAUGCUACACUGCUGCUGAGAAAGAGCAGACAUCCUCAUCCACAAUGAAGUUAGAAAAAAAACCUAUAUAAUAGUGAUGAGUGGGCUGAGGGAGAUUUUAGUUUGAAAUCAGUUGUUUUGUUUUUACAUAACAGUUAAUGACUGGUAGUAUGAAAAAGCACGUUUCUUUGUAAAGAUGAUUCUUUUCUGUUCAACACGACUGGUGUACUGUGACCACUAUACACUGUGCACAACAGCAAAACAAUGAAACUGAUGCUUCUUCAUGAAUUUUUGACAGCUCUGCUGGUGCAUGGAGAUGCGACAAAGACCCACUGAAAUUCACACUUGAAAUUUAUAAACUUCUAUUGGUGUUACAGCAAUGAAUAAACUGAUUUAAAUUGA